AUCAAGCUGAACACCAUGGAGACCAAAAAUCUCAAUGUAGUCACUUUAGCAGUGGAUUUGCGAGUUGAGGAUGCUCAACGGAAGAAUUCAUAUCUCAUGAAGGGAGUGCUCUGUAGAGAUCAUCUAAACAUAAGUUUGGAUAACCUGGUCACACAGCAAGAGGUAUUCCAGUGGCCACACCUGCAAGAAGUUGCGGAUGAAAUCAGCUUAGCAGACGUGGAUCUAGCUGAUGAGGUUCAUUUGUUGAUUGGUCUAGAUCAACCCGACAUACUUGCUCCGAGAGACACACGUUGUGGUGAACCCGGCGAACCCUAUGCAAUUCUUACUGGCCUUGGGUGGACACUCCAUGGACCAGUAGGCGAUGGUUCUACAGCUGUUUCAGCUAAUUUCAUUCAGGCUGAUCAUUCUCUACAACAAGCAGUUGAAAGAUUUUGGAAAUUGGAUGAUCCGAUGCAUGUGAAUGACGAUCUGUUGUCUAAAGUCGACCAGCAAGUUCUGGAUCUAUGGAAUAAGCAAGCAGUCAAAAAGGAUGGUCACUACACAUUGCCAAUUCCAUUCAAGGAACAUCCACCACAAAUACCCAGUAAUUACACAAUGGCAGAACAUCGAUUAGACCUUCUAGGAAAAAGAUUAAAGAAAGACCCGACUUUGCUACAGAAGUAUACAGAAGGUAUCAGAGACUCUUUGCAGAAAGGAUAUGCAGAAGAGGUUGUUGACAUUAAUCGAGAAGAUGGUCGCGUGUGGUACCUGCCACAUCAUCCAGUGCUACAUCCACGUAAGCCUGAGAAGGUUCGUAUUGUCUUUGAUUGUGCAGCACGGUACCAAGGUACCUCGUUGAAUGAUCACAUUCACCAAGGCCCAGAUCUUACCAAUAAGCUACUAGGAGUUCUUCUUAAGUUUAGGCAAGAACCUAUUGCUCUGAAUGCGGACAUCGAGAGUAUGUUUUAUCAAGUCCGAGUGCCAUCAGAUGAAAGAGACAUGCUGCGCUUCCUGUGGUGGGAAGAUGACGAUCCUGACAAACCACCCAAGCAUUAUCGCAUGACAGCUCACCUUUUUGGAGGUGUCUGGAGUCCAAGUGCUGCCAAUUUCGCUCUGCAACGAGUUGCUGAGGACAACCAAGGAAACUUCUCAGAUGACACUGUGAAAACAGUAAAGCAGAAUUUCUACGUAGACGACUGUCUCAAAUCAGUAUCAAAUGAGAAGGUUGCCAUCAAACUUGCUUCUGAGCUUCGAGAUCUGCUCUGCAGAGGAGGCUUUAGAUUAACCAAAUGGUUGAGCAAUUCAAAAGAAGUGAUGAGAUCAAUACCAGUGGAAGACUGGGCGAAGUCACUACGUGAGGUUAAUCUUGACCAAGAGGAUUUACCAUUCGAAUCAACGUUAGGAGUCCUCUGGGAUGUGGAAAGAGAUUGUUUCACAUUCGAAGUCAAGUCGAUAGACAAACCAGCAACAAAGAGAGGAGUGUUGAGCACUACCAGUUCCAUCUAUGAUCCUUUAGGAUUCGCUAGUCCAUUCGUGCUUAAAGCAAAGAUAAUUUUUCAAGAGUUGUGCCGCUUGGAAGUUGACUGGGAUGAAGAAGUUCCAUCAGAAAUAGCAGCACAGUGGCGCAGAUGGCUAGAUGAUUUGCCUCUACUAUCUGCAUUGACAAUCCCAAGAUGUCUCAGACCAACAUCCAUUAGUCAGUUGUUGGAGACCCAAGUCCAUCACUUUUCUGAUGCCUCAGAGAUGGCAUACGGAGCAGUUUCGUACAUCAGAAUGGGAAACACCUGUAGGUUAGUGAUGUCGAAAGCCAGACUCGCACCUAUCAAGUCGGUUAGCAUACCGCGUCUUGAGUUACUAGCAGCAGUAGUAGCUACAGAGUUGGACCAACAAAUCAAGCGCAACUUGGAAAUUCCAAUUGACAAGACUUUCUUCUGGACAGAUAGUACCAUCGUUCUUCAGUACAUCAACAACAAGAGUUGUCGUUUCCAGACUUUCAUUGCUAAUCGAGUCUCAAAGAUACAUGAACGUUCAGAACCAUCUCAGUGGAGGUAUGUUGAUUCUGCUUCUAAUCCGGCGGAUGAAGUAUCUCGCGGAAUGACUAUGGGAGAGAUCUUGUCAAGUGAUCGAUGGAUUUCUGGCCCACAUUUUCUUCAGCUUGAAGAGGAGCACUGGCCUGUUCAACCUGUUUUAAAUAGCUUACCAGAGGGAGCAGAGAUCAAACGAACAAAAGAGGUCUAUGCGACUAACAUCAGUGCAAGUGAAGUGUCGAAGAAUGCAGUAGACCGACUACUGGAGAAGUACUCUAGUUGGCAUCGCUUGAAAAGAGCUGCAGCUAUCCUGUUACGUGUAAAGGGAUUGUUAUGCAAGAAAUCGAGUACACGUCUUUCUGACCCCAUCACUGUCGAAGAGAUCCAACAAGCAGAAAUAGCUAUUUUCAAAUAUGUACAAGUCAAAUCUUUUGGAUCCACUCGAACCAAAUCCAAUUCUCUACUCAAGCUCAAACCCUUCGAGGAAGAAACUACCCAACUCCUUCGUGUAGGAGGCAGAUUAACAAAGGCUCCAAUUCCCUUUGAAGCUAAACAUCCAGUGAUCUUACCUAGUGAUCAUCAUAUUACCAAGCUGAUCAUUAGUCACUACCAUCUUAUCUUGGGUCAUGCAGGUCCAGAAAGAGUACUUGCGGAAAUUCGCCAACGUUACUGGAUUCUGAAAGGACGAGUUAUCAUUAAUCGAGCUCUUAAAUCAUGUCUGCAGUGUCGCAAGCUAAGAGCUAAACCCCAGGAUCAGCUAAUGGCAGACUUGCCUGAUUCUAGAGUGAUACCAGGAGAACCUCCAUUCACUCGUGUGGGCAUAGACUACUUUGGCCCAUUCUUGAUUAAGAAGGGACGUACUGAGUUAAAGAGGUAUGGAUGCUUGUUCACAUGUCUCACUACGAGAGCUAUCCAUCUAGAAGUAGCGCACACUCUCGACACAGAUUCCUUUAUCAACACUUUACAAAGAUUUAUCUCCAGGAGAGGCCCACCCUCUGAGAUAAGAUCAGAUAACGGGACUAAUUUCGUCGGAGGACUACGAGAGUUGCGGAAGGCCUUAAAUGACUGGAAUCAACGGAAGAUUUCAGAUUACUUACUACAAAACAACGUAAAUUGGAUCUUCAACCCACCUGCUGCUUCAUAUAUGGGAGGCGUUUGGGAGCGACAAAUUCGCACCGUUCGUUCUGUUUUGAACGCAGUCUUGUCGCAGCAGACACCAGAUGAUGAAGGAUUAGUGACAUUGUUUUGUUGUGUUGAGUCAAUUGUCAACGGCAGACCAAUCACUAAGCUCUCAGACGAUCCAUCAGACCCUCUACCACUUACACCAAACCAUUUGUUGUUGCUUCGUUCUGGACCAUCUCUACCUCCAGGAGCUUUCGUGAAGCAAGAUCUGUACCGACGCAGAUGGCGUCAGGUCCAAUACUUGGCGGAUGACUUCUGGUCACGAUGGCUCAAAGAGUAUCUACCUGCCUUGCAACAACGACAGAAAUGGUUACAUCUAAAACGGAAUCUUCAAGUAGGAGAUCUUGUGCUUGUUACGCAUGAGAAUACACCAAGAAAUCACUGGCCGUUAGGGCUGAUUACUCAAGUUUAUCCAGGAGCAGAUGGGCUUGUGCGUACUGUAGAAGUGAAAAUGCAAGCAGGAGUUUUCAACCGCCCUGUAAAUAAAAUCUGCCUACUGGAAGCCAAUCUGAUUAACAAAGACAGUUAAGUGACUUUCUUAAAGGACAUUACCCCUUUUGGUUUUGAAAGACCUCUGAGGGUCUUUGGGGCCCGGGAUGUUGGGUUCUGCCCCUUUAAGAAUGCGAUGCUUUAGAGCGUAUAUGAUUCUGAAUCAUUCACCAGGAAGAGAGACGAUGCACAGCACGAGAUUCAUGUAGCUAAUAAGACUUUAAACUACCUAAUAACAACAAAUUUCUUGACAUUUUUGAUUCUUUCCUGAUCCCAGCGUGUUUGACCACAUACACACAUAUGUACAGAAACAAAACAAGCCUACAACGAUGUAUAACAAAGAGACUUCAAUACAAAGUCUGUAAAUUGUGAGUUCUGCACAAAGGAAUUAAAAGGAAAGAAACAACAA